GACAGUUUCAAGUAAUAUUGCAAAAAUGUAUAAAACAAAACAUCCUCUUUAGAACCUUUAAUAAUAUCAAACUGCAGUAAACUAUAAAAAUGGUGGAUAGGCAUGCACGUUUGGCGCGAUGCUCUGUAUAUGCGUAUGCGCAGACGCGUAAACCUAUCUUUCUUUACAAAGUGACAUCGCCAACUACUUGUCUGGCAUGCGUAAUACAGCGUUUUAAGUCAUUUUCGCGGAUCCGUGUGAACAGGAUGGUUUUGAUAUCGUUGUUAUCUGUACAAAGAAAAGAAAACUUUUUUAGUAACUUUUUAGCACAUCGUUGUGUGUAAAUGUACCCUUAAUACAUCUAAUAAUAAUAAAUAUGCCUUCUGCAAAGGUGAAACACGUCAAAACAAGUAAAAAUGUGGUGUCCUUCGGAUUCCACUGAGCAUGACUGACUGUCUCACUCUCCACACUUAUAGUGAGCUGCUAUACAGCAUGUUUGUGCGUAUAGGCGCGUUUCCAGGCUAUGACGCUCAGAAAUGCUGCGAACUGCGAAGGCAACUCACUAUAGGUUUUGCGAUAGAGCCGAUAUGUCGCAUAAAAUAAUCCGCAUCAAGGGACUCGGGCUGUUGCUUAUGUAGUGAAAUACUGGGAAACAAAGCAGAGCAUCACUGACUCACAGUCUGCUCUUUGUAAAACUUUGAUUUCGUUCUGAACAUUUUAAAGACAAGCAGGCUACAUGGGGGAUAUGAAGAUUACUCCAGAAGUGUUGGAGCAACUAUUGCAAUUUUACAAUCUUACUCGUCGGGAGUUCAUUGAGACGUACCAGAUUCAGCCGUUGGUUUACAUCCCUGAGUUACCAGUCAGCGCCAAAACUACGUUUGUUAUUGUGUACACGGUGAUUUUUCUCCUGGCUCUCAUUGGCAAUAGUCUGGUUGUCUAUAUUGUCUUGAGAAAGCGCGGGAUCCAGACUGCCACAAAUAUUUUCAUCUGCUCUCUAGCCAUCAGCGACCUUCUGAUAUCUUUCUUCUGCAUUCCAUUUACUCUGCUACAGAACAUCUCCUCUGAGUGGUUCGGGGGUGUGUUGGUGUGCAAAACAGUCCCCUUUGUUCAGACCACGGCCAUUGUGACUGGCAUUCUCACUAUGACCUGCAUCGCUGCAGAGAGGUACCAGGGGAUUGUACACCCUCUGAAAAUCAAAAGACAGUGCACCCCACAAAGAGCAUACCGAAUGCUGGUGGUUGUCUGGAUUGCAGCCAUGGUGAUUGGAUCCCCAAUGCUCUUUGUUCAACAAUUAGAGGUGAAAUAUGACUUUCUGUAUGAUCUCCAUCAUGUAUGCUGUCAGGAGCGCUGGAGCUCGAGCGCCCACAGGAAGCAGUAUGCCACCUUCAUUCUAGUGUUCCUCUUCCUCCUGCCACUUGCAGCCAUGCUGAUACUCUACACCAGAAUUGGUAUUGAGCUCUGGAUUCGCAAACAAGUUGGGGACUCCUCAGUUCUCAAUGCCAUGAACCAAAGAGAAGUUAGCAAAAUAUCCAGAAAGAAGCGAAGAGCCAUCAAGAUGAUGGUCACCAUUGUUGUGCUGUUUACUGUCUGCUGGGCACCUUUUCAUACAGUUCACAUGCUGUUUGAGUACAGUUACCUGGACAAGAAGUAUGAUGACAUCACAAUCAAUAUGAUUAUCGCUGUUGCACAGGCCAUAGGUUUUUCAAAUUCUUUCAACAAUCCUAUUGUCUAUGCUUUCAUGAAUGAGAACUUCCAGAAGAACUGCAUGUCAACUCUUUCCUUUUGCAUUAGGAGGUCCAGUCACCGUGUAGAUGUGAAGGACAAAUCAAAAGUAACUUUUUAUAAGUCUGCCAGACAGGAAGAAGACAUCUCUGUCAUGCCCAGAAUACAUAUAGUUGAUCAGGUGCAAUCUGAAAGAUCAAACAUGCGAACAUCUUUGACAUUUCGGGAGAGAAUUUCUGUUGAGAGCCAUAGAAUGCGUUCAAGAUGUAUUAGAGACUGAUAUCUAACAAUAUAAAGUUUGAGUAAAGUAAGACAUUAUUAUCUUACGCUCUCCAGGACUGCAGAAAACACAGCAAAACUGGAAUAUGGUGAAAUAUUACAAUUUAAAAUAACUGUUUUCUAUUUUAAUAUUAUUUUGAAAUAUAAAUUCAUUCCUGUGAUGGCAAAGCUGAAUUUUCAGCAUCAUUACUCCAGUCUUCAGUGUCACAUGAUCCUUCAGAAAUCAUUCUAUAUGAUUCUUAAUAAUCACCAAAUAAUCUGAAGAAUACAUUAUUAUUAAUACAUAUCAUGAAUUAUUACACUGUAAAAAAAAAGAAUUGUUGGUUUAACUUUAAAAAGUAAGUUAAUACAAUUAAGGUGAUUGGUUUAUUCAACAGAAACUCAAAAUAUUAUGUAAUCUGAACUACGUUAAUUAACAUUAAGUUGAUUUGACAAAAGAAAUUUUUUUAUGAUAAAUCAUGAAACAUUUUUUUUAGUGUUGCAAUGUUGAAAACGAUUCUGCAGCUUAAUAUUUUUGUUGAAACUGUAAUAUGUGUUUUAUGAAUUCUUUGAUACAAAGAUCAAAAGAACAGCAUUUGUUUAAAAAACAAAAUAUUUUGUAACAAUAUAAAUGUCUUUACUGUUACUUUUGAUCAAAUUAAUGUGUCCUUGUUAAAUAAAAGUAUUAAUUUCUGUAAAAAAAAAAAAAAAAAAUCUGAGCCCACCUUUUGAAAGGUACAAGUUUCCAACACAACAACACAGACCAUUAAAGAAAAACAUUUGGAAAUGUUAUGUCUUUGCUGUGCAAUAAAAUGUGGUGUCUGCAAGUCCACCCAUAAGAUUUCUGCAUAUGGCAAGGAUAUAUAUAUAUUUAUAAAUAAAUUAUAUUCUCAGAUA